GCUGUUUGUUUGGUUGCUCUUUAGGCCCCAGACACUGCGAUCCGUAGACGUUGAUCUCUAGCGUUCUUAGACUGAUUCCCUCCCAGGCUGCUAAGUAAAAUGCGAUUUUUUUGGAUGGUAGAUCUGUUGUGUGCGCCCUGUCUAUCUGAUAAUAUUUAUAUGGCAUCUGUUCGUCGCUGUACGAACCCAGAACAGGCGAGCUGCGAAAAGCUGUGAAAGAGUCCUUUUAAUAUCAAAGCUUAUCGCUGCCUUCCCAACUUUGCAGUGGUGUACUUCCUGUGCAUUUUCUCAUUGCUCCUAAUAUGCACAUAAAUGUUCAUGCAAUAUAUGAAGUAGAAUCUUGCAACUGCGUGCAGAUUGCCUGUCUGCCUGUCUCCGUUCCGUUAUUCCCUGCCUGUUCGGUGGAUCCUGCCGUUAAUCCAUGUUGUGCUGUUCGUGCUUUCGUAAUCUGACCGUCUACGACGAUUGUUGCCACCGAACUUUUACCAACACCAUUACUACCUGCACGAAUAUCAGUAACCGUAACAGGUCGUUGGUUACUUCUACGCAUCGUCGAACGGGCCUGGUAUUUUACCGGCAGGCCGCCAACUGAAACCCCGUUGGAGCGGGCCUGGGAUGCACCGUAGCAGCAGCAGGCGGGGGGAUUACGACUACGAUCGGAGUAGCGGAGGUGGGGGUUAUCGUGACAGUGAACGCGGGCGGGACCGAAGUCGCGAUCGGGACCGAGAACGUGACCGGGACAGAGACCGACGAAGUCGUUCAAGAGAUCGUGGAGGCUAUAGCAGUAGCAGUAAGUACGGUGGCAGAGGGGAGCACACACGGGAUCGGUCAUCCCCCUACCGAAGCGGCGGAGGUGGAUCCAGCAGUCGACGAGGCGAUUAUCGAGAUUCUGGUACGAGCAGUAGUAGCCGAAGAGGGGACAGCAGUUACGUUAGUAGCAGUAGUGCAACAAACCACAAUAUCAGCAGUAGCUCAAGCAGUAAACAUUACAGGGGCGGGGGCGGAGGCGGUGGAGGUGAACGAACUUCCGAGCCAAGUCGAGGUGUUGGCUCUGGAACUGGCGUUGACCAUGACCGCGAUACCGUCGCAUCCGGUACACCUACAACCGUCAACGUUAAACGCUACGAAAAAACUGCUCGUUCUCGAUCCAGAGAACGUCGCGUUGCUGGUCUUGACGGAGCUGACUACGCAUCUUCAAAACGAAGUGUGACACGAUCACCACCUCCAAGAGAGGUCGAAAGCCCUUCGCGAUUCGGUGACUGGAGUGAGCAUACUUCUUCAACUGGGAAGAAGUACUAUUACAACGCCAAGAGUGAAGUCUCACAGUGGGAGAAGCCUAGUGAAUGGCUUGAAUGGGAACGAAGGCAGGAACAAGCUCAGCCAUCACCACUACAACAGAUUGUCGCUGUACAACAGGUCGAACAGGUUAGCGACAAAUUGUCGACGACGCCCACGCAACAGCAGCAGCAACAACAGUCGCUACUGCAGCUACAGACGAAACUCCAGGUGCAGUAUGCAUCACCCGUGUCCGAGGAUUCGUCAAUAUCGUCGAACGAUGAAGAUGAUGGCGGCCAGACUCCUGAAACGCGUGAAGCUGAGGAGGUUACUACGAUCGUUGCACAGGACGACAAUAAUGGCCUAAGCCAAAAACCGCAGUUCCUUCCUGGUAUGAUUCCCUCACGCGAUCAGGUCAUGCAGGAUGCGUCCUCGCCUCUUUCUGAGCAUAGUCCAAGUCCUACGUCGUCUCAAGGUGAACAAACACCUCCGAGAGGUGAUAAAGCCACUCUUUCAACGACGCUACUGCCACCGCCAGUGAAACCGGUAACCCUGUCGCCUUCGCUUGCAAAAUAUUACAAGGAAGUGCUAAUUACGCACAUGACAGCCUGGCAGGCCGAGCAGUUGGAACGCCAGGCAACGCGUCUACAGAGCGAGUUGUUCACCCUGGCUAGUGUGCACUGUUCGGCGAUUUCGGCAGACCUCAAAAUGGCGCGGUCGAUGGUGCGGCUCGCCGAGAUUCAGGCAACACUUCAGGAACAGCGUGCACUUUUUCUGCAGCAGCAGAUAGCUCAACUCGAAGAGAAGUCGUUCUCUCAGCCUACCAAUGGGAGUUGGACGUCAACACCGAACGAACCUGCCACUUCCCAACAAUAAGAUCGUCAGUUGUACGGGUGGUACGGAUAUGAAAUGCGAUACCUAUCACAUAAGGCUACGUCUGCCGAAGUAAUACCCGCUCAGUUGUUACGUAUCUCUGCCAAGCGAGACAUGCACGCGGGUUGGUGUACUCCUUAAGCCCUAUUGAAGUAAUAUGUAUUGUCGCGCAUUAUGGUGUCAUUUAUUGGUUUUCCGUUCUAUACAGGCAGGUUUUUUUUCUUUUCUGGCAUCUUUUGACAGGGUGAAGUUUUAAUUUUUGCAUGUCAACUCACUUUUAUUUAUUUAUUUAUUUUUUUUUUUUUUUAAUUAGACAUGUGAAACGACUGCUCCACAUUUCGGUAGCAGCAGCAGCAGUGGCAAGAUAAAUCAUGGUCUAUAUAUAUAUAAAUUUUUUCGUACCUAUUUCGAAAGAGACAUUCACACUGAACGACUCAAUUACGAAACAAACCAAAAAAAAAAAAAAAAAAAAAA